GGAGCGGGUGCGUGGGAGUUGUUCUCUCUCCACCUGCCAUUUGCAUUCCGUCUUUAUUCUCCGGCUCUUUACUCUCAUCCUCGGACGAGUCCGGGGCGCACAGGGAGUCCCAUUACCCACCGAAGGAGCAUCGCGCUUUGCGUGUGCGUGCGUGUGUCCGUGUGUGUUUGCUUUGAUGGUUUGCCUGUUUAAACCACAGCUGUCACCGUAACACGACCUUUUGAAAUCGUUGGGAAUCUGCAUAGAAACAACUGGCUGCGUCGUUUCCCCCCUUUUUCGAGAGCUGUCUUUCAAGGCGAUGGACUUGAGAUAGUGCGUCUCAAUUUGCGUCUUGGUGGCUGGGAGUUGCCGUCGGGAAGAAAUGCGAAAGGAUGCUUGGAAGCAGUGAAGGCUACAGCAGGUAACCGAUAAGAUGGUGGCCAGGGAAGCAACUGGGCACAGCUACCUGGUGGCUUGCUGGCAGCCCAUUCUGAUCCUGAUGCUGGGCACAGUGCUGUCUGGCUCCACCACAGGCUGUCCAUCCCGCUGUGAGUGCAAUGUUCAAGAGCGGUCUGUGAUGUGCCACCGCAAGAAGCUCAUGACAGUUCCUGAGGGCAUUCCUGCAGAAACAAGACUGCUGGAUCUCAGCAAGAACCGCAUUAGAACCAUUAACCCAGAUGAGUUUGUCAACUUUGCCAACCUCGAACACCUGGAGCUCAGUGAAAACACGAUUUCCACUAUUGAACCUGGAGCGUUCAACAACCUUUACGGCUUGCGGACAUUAGGGCUGCGUAGCAACAAGCUUAAGCUGAUCCAGCUUGGUGUCUUCACAGGCCUAAGCAAUCUCACACAGCUGGACAUAAGUGAGAACAAAAUCGUCAUCCUGUUGGACUAUAUGUUCCAGGAUUUGUACAACCUACGAUCUUUAGAGGUAGGUGAUAACGAUCUGGUUUUCAUCUCCCACCGGGCUUUUCAUGGCCUAAGUAGCCUUGAGCACUUGAGUCUUGAGAAGUGCAACUUGUCCUCUGUGCCCACAGAGGCGUUUACUCACCUCCACAGUUUGAUCACUCUCAGGCUGCGUCACCUCAAUAUCAAUGUGAUACGGGAUUACUCCUUUAAAAGGCUCUAUCGGCUGAAAGUGCUGGAAAUCGCCAACUGGCCAUAUUUGGAUACCAUGACCCCUAACUGCUUGUAUGGAUUAAAUCUCACUUCCCUGACUAUUGCAAAUGCCAACCUGACCACAAUUCCUUAUGUGGCCCUGCGUCACCUGGUUUAUUUGCGCUUUCUGAAUCUUUCAUAUAACCCUAUCCAUACCAUUGAGGGGAAUAAGCUCCAUGAUCUUCUGCGUCUGCAGGAGUUUCACCUGGUGGGAGGCAGACUGGCAAUGAUUGAGCCCUACUCUUUCCGUGGUCUAAACUACCUGAAGAUUCUAAACGUGUCUGGGAACUCUCUUAGCACCUUAGAGGAGUCUGCUUUUCAUUCAGUUGGCAACCUGGAAACCCUUGCCUUGUAUGAUAAUCCCCUGGCCUGUGACUGCCGACUGUUAUGGGUUUUUAGACGACGUUGGAGACUGAACUUCAACAGGCAACAGCCCACCUGUGCCUCUCCUGAGUUUGUCCAAGGCAAAGAAUUCAAAGACUUCCCAGAUGUUCUGCAGCCUAACUACUUCACAUGUCGCAAAUCAAGGAUUAGAGAUCGCAAGCCCCAGCAGAAAUUUGUUGACGAGGGAGCCAUUGUUCAUUUUGCUUGUCAAGCAGAUGGCGAUCCUGCUCCAGUGAUAAUGUGGCUAUCCCCGCAGAAAAAGUUCAUCACCACCAAGACAAUUGGAAGGCUCUCUGUGCUGCCAGAUGGUACCCUUGAGGUGCGCUAUGCCCAGAUUCAAGACAAUGGUACAUAUGUGUGUAUAGCUAGCAACGCAGGCGGAAACGACACCUCCCUUUCUCACCUGCAUAUUCAUAGCUACUCGCCUGACUGGCCACACCAGCCCAAUAAGACGUUUGCCUUCAUCUCCAACCAGCCCACGGAAACAGGUGCUAAUGGCACAAGAGCCAAUGUCCCAUUCCCAUUUGAUAUAAAGACGUUGAUCAUUGCAACCACAAUGGGCUUCAUCUCUUUUCUUGGUGUUGUCUUGUUUUGCCUGGUACUGCUCUUUCUUUGGAGCAGAGGAAAAGGCAACACUAAACACAAUAUUGAGAUCGAGUACGUGCCACGGAAAUCAGACGCUGGCAUGAGCAGCAGCACAGUGGAUGCUCCUCGCAAGUUCAACAUGAAAAUGAUUUAACGGAGGUGUGGAAUUUACUAAUUUGAACUUAAAGAUAAGACAAAUGGAACAGAAGACAUUUUCUUUCCUCUCUUGCAAACCUGUGGAUCCUGGUCUGUCAACACAGAGUAAUAUGUUUUUCCUAACUAAAGGACUACAGAGGUGGUCAGUUCCUGACUUUCACAAGUGAGAGGGAAUAAAAGCUCACCCAGUGCUACAGGGCAUUGGUGAAUUCUACACGGCCUGUGGGGGCACUGGUUGAAAGGAAGAUUUGUCAAAAGCGGUUCAUAUUUCUGUGGAUUUUUACUGGGAAAAAAUAUAUCAGAAAAGAAAAAGACUUUAAACAGCCAGAAUGCAAGGGGCAGAUCAUAUUUUGGCCAUCACUGUUUUUGUCUGUAUUUUUAAUUUAGAGUUUGUUUUUUUGUUUCAAAGGUUAGAUGUCAAGUCAUGAAAGAGAUGUGUAUGGGUUGAAGAGCACAUUUAUACAACUUGGAUGCAUUACAUCAUUACAAUACAUUAGUGUUUCAAUUGUGAAUGCUAUGUGCUACAUAUGGUUCAUUUCUUUCUUACAGUGAUGAUUGUUCUGUGAUCCAACAAACGUAUAUCUUUGUCGCAGUACCUGAUAAACUCUGUUGAAAUUAUAUUCCCCAGCAAUUUGUAGAAAUACAGGAGUUAGAAUGACACAAUAAUAAUUAUGGGAAAUACAAAACUGUCAUGAUGUAAACUGUAACUGUAACCAUCUUGUUAACCCAAAAAGUACAGUGAAUGAAUUUGUCACACGCGUCAUGCCCUUUUAAACUGGGGGGCACAUACUUCACCAUUUUCUUUAUAUCUCAAUAUUUUAUUGCUGUUAUUUUUUAAAUAUAUCAUCAUAAAAUAGAUUAUACCCCAAAAAGUCACAUGCUCUGUUUUCCUAUGUUAUUGGGUUUUUCCUGCUUACACACAACGGUCGGUUGCUCAACAGUGUUUGAGAAGACAUAGGCUUCAGGUUAAUUGUACUUUGCUGUUGUGCUUAGUUUAGCAUAAAACUUUUUUUCAAAUUUGCAUAACAAAUUCAAUUAGUUAUUCACACUUGAUUGCAUUUGAGAGGUCUUGCAUUGUUUGCUUUGCAAGUAGUUAAUAGCCAUCCCUCGAAAUGGUUGUUCAGCCCUCUGCCCUACUAGCUAGUCAUGAAUUGUGAAAUUUAGCACUGGGUAGAGAGUUGUCUCCAGCUUGUGGCCACCAUUAGCAAAACACUGUAUUCCAUGUGAUAUCUCAAGGUCAAGAUAUGGAGGAAAAUCUUGUCAUUCUUAAGAAAAACGUCAAGACAUUAGCAUUGUCCUCAGUCUAUAGGUUCGCAUUGCAGGAGGUGUGUGAAGUGGACAAGAUUUAGCUCGUUUUCAAAAAACUAGCAACAAUGUAGAAGCUAGUGUCAAAGUAUAUUUUUAAUGAAACCGAAUAAC